CGCGGGGCCGGGGCGGCUGCCUGCGGCGUCCGCUGCGGCGGCGGGGCCGGCAGGGCCGGGCCGGGCCGAGCUGAGCUGAACCGAGCCGAGCCGAGCCGAGCCGAGCCAGGCGCGCACAGCCGCGCGGGCCGCCCGUCGCCAUGGCAGCGCCUGCUCCGGCGAGAGAGUGAACCUCGUGCUCUGAAUCUCCAAGGGAACCUUUGAAAAGGAUCUUCCCCUCCCUGCCAUCUCCUUAUUGUUUGCCAGCUCUGCGCUGUGCAGGGAAGCUUGAAAGGGCAGGCUGAGCCCUGGAGGACAGCAAAAAGGACAAUGUAGUAGGGUGCUCUGAGGUCUUGGAUAGGGAGCCCUCUGAAUCUUCCUCACCCUCCGCUCUCUGCUAAUGGCUCUCUGACAAGCCUUGGCAGGAACCUCUGGCCACAAGAGUGGCAUUUGGUGAGGGGGGCACUCUGCACGUGGUGUACGCACCAUCCUCACGGUUUCCUUAGGAACUUUGUCCUGCCUCCCAUCUUCUCUGAAACUCUUGGCUAGCUCCUCAUUCGCUAGGACGCUGGGCAGCAGGCACCUGCUACCGCCAAACUGUUUGGAGUCCUCAGCAGUCCCUGUUUGUGUGUGGCCUCCACCAGUCUCAGGAGAAGGUGGUCCGUGAGACAGAAGGUGCCUGGUGGGCAUGUGAAGUAAGGAGAGCUUUUUGUUUGGGGGAAGACUGGAGGAGGGGGAUGAAAUAGAUGGGGAGGAAAAAAAAAAGGUGAGCCCAAGCAAGUGAGGGAAGAAGCACUGGCAAGCGUUCAUGAGAAGGAGAGAGAAAGAAGGUGGAAGAAAGAAAAAGAAAGAGAACAAGGGAAAAAAACAGGAUAAAAAGUUAGAACAAGGGAAAGCAAUAUAAGCAAACAAGGGAAAGGAAGGACUGAAAGUGAGACAAAGUUGACCUGCUGGCAGUGCCUUGAGGAACCCCUCCAGUGUGUGUACACCUCACUUCACAUCACAGCAGCAGCAGUAGCAGAUGAGGAGGGACGUGGCUCCCCCAGUGCAGAGUGCCACUCGCCCUCUGACAAAGCUGCAGGGACAGGGUGCAGCCUAGCAGGGGCGGCAGCAUGGGGGACUCUGAAUCAGAGUCCACCUUGCACAACAACUCACUCUGGUGGCUGGCAUGUGGGAUGUUAGCCCUGUUGGCCAACUCUUGGAUUAUCCUUAGCAUCACAGCCAAACAACAGAAACACAAGCCCCUGGAGCUGCUGCUAUGCUUCCUGGCUGGGACCCACAUCCUGAUGGCAGCAGUACCCCUCACCACCUAUGCUGUGGUGCAGCUGCGGCGCGAGUCCUCUGACUACGACUGGAACGAAAGCAUCUGCAAGGUCUUUGUCUCCACGUACUACACCCUGGCGCUGGCCACCUGCUUCACCGUGGCCUCCCUGUCCUACCACCGGAUGUGGAUGGUGAGAUGGCCCGUCAACUACCGGCUGAGCAACGCCAAGAAGCAGGCCCUGCACGCCGUCAUGGGUAUCUGGAUGGUGUCAUUCAUCCUCUCCACCCUGCCCUCCAUCGGCUGGCACAACAACGGUGAGCGCUACUAUGCUCGUGGCUGCCAGUUCAUCGUCAGCAAGAUAGGGCUGGGCUUCGGUGUCUGCUUCAGCCUCCUGCUGCUCGGAGGAAUCGUCAUGGGCUUGGUGUGCGUGGGUAUCACUUUCUACCAGACCCUGUGGGCACACAGAAGGCGCCGGCAGUGCAGCCACCAGAGGGCAGAGGAAGCGUCGUCCUGCUCUUCAUCAGCACACGCCACUUUCAAUGUGCCGGCCAUCGUAGUGGAAGAUGUACGCGGCAAAAGGAGGUCUUCACUGGAUGGCUCUGAGUCAGCCAAGACAUCCUUGCAGAUGACCAACCUCAUCAGCGCUAUUGUCUUCCUGUAUGACACACUCACUGGGGUGCCUAUCUUGGUGGUGAGCUUUUUUAGCCUGCGCUAUGAUACGGCCCCCACCUGGAUGGUCCUGGCUGUGCUCUGGUGCUCCAUGGUGCAGACUCUGCUGCUCCCCUCCUUCAUCUGGUCCUGUGAGCGCUACCGAGCAGAUCUCCGCACCGUGUGGGAGCAGUGUGUGGCUAUCAUGUCUGAGGAGGACGGAGAUGAUGAUGGUGUGUGUGAUGAUUAUGGUGAUGGCAGGAUCUGCAAAGUGAGAUUUGAUGCCAACGGCGCUGCAGCCGUGAAGCGGGACUCCCGGGACAUCAAGCUGCUACCCAUGCACCACAUGCUGUUGCCCCAGGACAAGGUGCACUACCUGCAGGUCCCUAUCUCCCGCAGAAUGUCACACGACGAGACUAAUAUCUUCUCUGCCCACCGCUCUGCUCCAUCCUUCCUACACAAGUGGUCUUCAUCUGAUGACAUCCGCAUUUCCACCCCCCACAAGCCUGGAGGCCCCAGCUUCUUGCUUCCUCAACUGCAUGACUACCAGCACCGCCGGCGGCCCCCAGAAGAUGAGCUGACCACCCUACGGCAGUUUUUGGAGGCGGGGCUGCUGCCCCGGGCCUCCAGCUCCAGCGCCUGCUUCUUCCGAGAUGAGAUCACCACCUUCAUUGAUGAGACACCACAGCCCAGCCCAGCCUGCAGCCCACGGCACUCCCGUCUCCUGCUGGCAUCACGCCGCGAUCGCCGCCUCUCCCUUGGCAGCAGGGAGGAGGAGAACGCCGACCGGCCGCGGCGCUGCUCCUUGGCUGGCAACGAAGCCUGGCAUCUGCAGGAUGGAGAGCAGGUGCUGUGUGAAAGGACCCUUGAGGCCUGUGAGGCACAGACCUUCCAGGAUCCCAAACUAUGAGAGACAGCGUCAAAAACAUACAGUGCCAUCACCGAUUUUUAAAUAAUACUUCAAGUGUUCCCUCUUGUCCUGGGACCCGAUCACUAACUUGCAUUCUCAUCUUUCUCAACAGCAGGUGGGAAACACGGCUCCCCACACUGGCCGCGGGGGGGAGGGGGGUUGGAAAGGAGUGGGACAGACCUGCAGAAGGGAGCUCAAUGGACAGCCUGUGCCUGCUCUCAGGUUACACACACACCUACCACUGCCGCUGCCAUCGUCACCCUGGCACCCUCGCCAGUCCUGCCCCUUUGUGAACUCCGCCCUCGCAUCCGCUCUGCCCUGAGAGACAAGGCAGGUGCAGAAUGGUAUUAAAAUUCUAUAUUUGGAGUGUCAA